GCGGCGGCGGCGGCGGGGCCGCGGUCGGUUGCCGGGAGCGCGCGGCGGCGAUGGCGGAGGAGGGCAAGGGGGGGUACAGCGAGCACGAUGACCGCGUCGGUGGCCGCGGCUUCUCAGUGCGGCGGAAGAAGGGCCGGGGCCCGUUCCGCAGCAAGCUCUACAGCGAGGCCAACAGCCGGGCGCGCAGCCGCGGCAACGCUGGCUCUGGCCUCCGCACCCGCCUGGAGGAGGACGACGGAGACGUGCCCAUGAGCGACGCCCAUGACAGCCCCCGGAGCCGAUAUUUGCCCUAUGGGCCACGGCCCAACCGUGCUGCCAACAUCCACAUCACGGUGAGGCGGGACCUCCCUGCCCCGGAGCGGAGCAGCGGCAGCAGCCGCGAUGGUGGCCGGCGCAACUGGUUCAAGAUCACGAUACCCUACGGGAAGAAGUAUGACAAGUCAUGGCUGCUGAGCUCAAUCCAGAACCUCUGCAGCGUUCCCUUCACGCCUGUCGAGUUCCACUACGACCACAACCGGGCCCAGUUCUACGUGGAAGAUGCCACCACUGCCAGCGCGCUCAAGCAGGUCUCCCGCAAGAUCACUGACAGAGACAACUACAAGGUGGUGAUAAUCAUCAACUCGUCGGCUCCACCACAGUCUCUGCAGAAUGAGCUGAAGCCAGAGGAGAUUGAGCAGGUGAAGCUUUGCAUGAGCAAGAGGUACGAUGGUUCACAGAAGGCCUUGGAUCUCAAAAGCCUGCGUGCAGAUCCAGACUUGGUGUCGCAGAGCAUAGAUGUGGUGCUCAACCAGCGCAGCUGCAUGCUAGUGGUGCUGCGCAUUAUUGAGGAGAACAUCCCCGAGCUGCUGUCGCUGAACCUCAGCAGUAACAAGCUCUACCGCCUGGAUGACCUGGGCGAGCUGGCACAGAAAGCCGCCAGCCUCAAGAUCCUCGAUCUCUCUCGCAACGAGCUGAAAUCGGACCGGGAGCUAGACAAGGUGAAAGGGCUCAAACUAGAGGAGCUCUGGCUGGAUGGAAACCCGCUGUGCGACGCCUUCCGCGACCAGUCCACCUAUAUUAGCUCCGUCAGAGAACGCUUCCCGAAGCUGCUGCGCCUGGAUGGCCACGAGCUCCCCCCACCCAUCGCCUUCGACGUGGAGGCACCCACGGCGCUGCCCCCCUGCAAGGGCAGCUACUUUGGCUCGGAUGACCUGAAGGUGUUGGUGCUGCGGUUCCUACAGCAGUACUACUCCAUCUACGACUCCAGUGACCGGCAGGGGCUGCUGGACGCCUACCACGACGGUGCUUGCUGCUCCCUCAGCAUCCCCUUUGCACCCCAAAACCCGCCCAGGAACAGCCUGAACGAGUACUUCAAAGACAGCAGGAACGUGAAGAAGCUCAAAGACCCCACCAUGCGCUUCAAGUUGCUCAAGCACACACGGCUCAACGUGGUGGCGUUCCUCAACGAGCUGCCCAAGACCCAGCACGAUGUCAACUCCUUUGUGGUGGACGUCUGCGCCCAGACGAAUACACUGCUUUGCUUUGCCGUGCACGGGAUCUUCAAGGAAGUGGACGGCAAGUCCCGUGACUCCGUACGCGCCUUCACCCGGAUGUUCAUCGCUGUGCCGGCUGGUAACACAGGGCUCUGCAUCGUCAAUGACGAGCUCUUCGUGCGCAAUGCCACCACGGAGGAGAUCCGUAAGGCCUUCGUCAUGCCGGCGCCCACGCCCUCCUCCAGCCCUGUGCCCACCUUGUCCGCUGAGCAGCAGGAGAUGCUCGCCGCCUUCUCCAUGCAGUCAGGCAUGAACUUUGAGUGGUCCCAGAAGUGCCUGCAGGACAAUGACUGGGACUACGGCCGGGCUGGCCAGGUCUUCACCCAGCUCAAGCUGGAGGGGAAAAUCCCGGACGUAGCGUUUCUGAAGUGAGCUGUGCCCCUUCUCCCCCGCUCCCUUCUAUUCUGCCUCUUCCUGGCGUUUUAUUUUCUUCCCUGACCGUUUUGUAAAUAAAUAAAAACCGUCUAAAUGCC